AGCUGUGUACUGAUACUGCUGAUAUGAAGCUAGACUUGGGGCCAUAUCGUCAUUGUUAAAGAGCCACUAGACGCAGAUAAACAGACACACACUGCUGCUCGUCCUUACAGCUGGGGUGUGUAUAUUAUAGGUGUGUGUGUGGCGUUUAGAGGCGCGAGGCGAGCGCGCGCGGGGCGUCCACUAGCUAUCACAGCUGUAUCACGUGGUGGAGCGUAACACACUCUCACAUGGAGGAGUCCCGGGCGCAUGUGUAAGAAGAGAGAGAGAGAGAGAGGGACUGUGGAAGAGAGAGAGAGUGGAGUAUCCGCACCGAGGUUGGAAGAUGCUCCUUCGCCGUGUUUAUGGAGGGAGAGCGGUCAGUGAGGGAGAGGAAGGACAGUCUGAAUGAGAAAGCUAUAGGUUAUAGGUUAUAAUGUGAGUAUGUGUGUGUGUUUAAGAUAAUGUUAAUUUGAGGCAGUUUAAGCAGGAGGUAGCUAGCUGUUAGUAGGGUUUAGUGAAGGGAGCCCUCAUGGGGGAAAAAACAUUUUUUUUAGCAGUUAGCUCAAGCUAAAACAGGAAAUGUGCACAGGCGAUGUGCGGUUAAAUAAACAUUUUAAAACUGAUUAGCUGAAGUAAUUAGCUAGCUAGCUUUUAGUUCACUGCUUCUGCACCAUGGAGCACGAGCCCGAGCCGAGCAGCUCCGUAGGGGGGAAGAAGAGCGCGCUGGUCCGGCUCUUCAGAGCGCGCAAGCGGCGCGAGAUGCUCUUCGUGCAGGUGUGCUUCGUGUGCAGCGUCCUGCUGGCGGCGUGGUGCAUGUCGGCGGCGCUGAGCAGCAGCCCGUCAGGUCGUGGGAGUUCGUCUUGGCCCGCGGAUCGUCUGAGCCGAAGACUUAUGGCUGUCGAGGACGACAAUGAGACCAUCGAGAAGAAUUGCUCUGAGCCUGCCGUCCAUGAGUUCCCUGAGGACAUUUUCACCAACCGAGAGCGCACACGAGGAGCUGUCCUUCUACACAUAUUCGCAGCAACCUACAUGUUUCUGGCUCUGGCGAUUGUGUGUGAUGACUACUUUGUGACUUCACUGGAGAAGAUCUGUGAGAAACUGCAAAUGAGUGAAGAUGUAGCUGGAGCUACAUUCAUGGCAGCUGGAAGCUCCGCCCCAGAGCUGUUUGCUUCCAUCAUUGGCGUGUUCAUCACGCAUGGAGACGUCGGAGUGGGUACUAUCGUGGGCUCAGCUGUUUUCAACAUUCUCUGCAUCAUUGGCGUGUGUGGAAUUUUUGCUGGACAGGUUGUGUAUCUUACCAGGUUUGCAGUGUUUCGGGACUCUUUCUACUACACGCUGUCUGUGGUUGCUCUUAUUGUGUUCAUCUAUGAUGGGAGGAUUGUGUGGUGGGAGAGUCUGAUUCUGAUGGUUAUGUAUAUUGGCUACAUUGUCAUUAUGAAGUUCAACACCAGCAUGCAGAACUACUUCUCGGGGAAGGAUGAUAAGGGUGUAGCCAAUGGUAACGCAGUGAUCAGCGAGCUGGAGGACGGUAAUGCAUGUUAUGAGCAGUUUUGGGAUGAUCCUACAUGGCCGUUACUCAGCUCAGUAAAACCCACUAAGAUGUACACUCGUGGAUCAGUAGUGAUGGUAGAUGAAAUGAUGAACUCCAGUCCUCCAAACUACCGUUUCCCUGAAGCUGGUCUCAGGGUCAUGAUCACCAACCACUUCGGCCCUAAGACCCGCCUGCGCAUGGCCAGCAGACUCAUCAUCAAUGAGCAACAGCGGCUGAUGCAGGCAUCCAACGGGGUGGACGGAGCACUGGUGUCUGAUGGGAAAGCAGACACCCUGGAGAACGGCAUCAUGGCAGAGGACAAGCUGACAGAGGACGAGGACAAUGAGCUGUCAUCUCCCUUUAGCUUACCUGCAGGAGGUGUUAUGAACAUUUUAAAGUUCAUCUUUUCGUGGCCCAUCCUGGUAUUACUGUACUUCACUGUGCCAAACUGUGCCAAGCCACGCUGGGAGAGGUUCUUCAUGCUCUCCUUCUUCCUCUCCACACUGUGGAUCGCUGUGUUCUCCUACUUCAUGGUUUGGAUGGUGACAAUUAUUGGAUACACACUGGGAAUACCUGAUGUUAUAAUGGGCAUCACUUUUCUAGCAGCUGGCACCAGCGUCCCCGACUGUAUAGCUAGCCUCAUAGUUGCUCGACAAGGCCUAGGGGACAUGGCUGUCUCCAACACAAUUGGCAGUAAUGUCUUUGAUAUCCUGGUUGGGCUCGGUGUUCCCUGGGGCAUCCAGACGAUGGCUGUCAACUAUGGCUCUGUGGUGGUAAUCAACAGCAGAGGACUGGUGUACUCUGUAGUGCUGCUCCUGGGUUCAGUGGCUUUGACUGUCCUGGGGAUCCAUGUAAACAAGUGGAAGCUGGACUUCAAGCUGGGUAUGUAUGUGCUCAUCCUAUAUGGAGUCUUCCUCUGCUUCUCCAUCCUGAUUGAAUACAACGUCUUCACCUUCGUCAACCUGCCGAUGUGUCAGGAGGGCGUUUAGUCCCCGAAUCCCAGUCUGCAACCAAACCCCAUUCAGGCCAAAUCUACCUACAGAACAACAUCCUUCAGCACACCACUACUGUAUUCCAAUGAGUUUUACUGUGUCCUACAGCAGUUCCCUUUUUUGCUGUGGAAGAGCUGAUGGGAACUACAGUUGUCAGACAUCCAUGAGCUGUCUCAUGCCCAAGGAGAAGGUGAUUUACCACACUUUUCUCCAGAAGUCCCAGGGCAUUAGACUCCCUUCUCCUUUGGCAGCUCUAUUUCUGACUGGGUAGUCCUCCACAAUUGUGAUCACACUUUCUCACACACAGCAGCAUGGCAUGUCUUCUUUGCUGAACUGUGACCGCACAAAUACCUGCAGACGUAUGAAGAAGGGGAAUGCCGCCCACUGAAUCAAACACGAAUGCAUCGUACUUACAUUCUCCCCUGAUUUGUCUUCCCUUGAGAAUGAAUAUAAAAAGCGAACAUGUUGCACUUUAGAUAAUAGAGUGAAUCCCUCUAGGUUGCACAGUGAUUGCAGUGGGGAAAGACACCGGUUCUUUUCCCUGUCUGGUGCAAUAAGGAGCAAUACAGAUGAAAGCAGCGUUUGACAACAAUAAAAAGGAUUGAUUGUCUUCGUGAGAGAUACUUUUUGCUCUGAAGCAUGAAGGCACAUAAGACUUUUUUUGUGAAAGCGACAGUGCAUUACCCUAUGACUUAACUACACUGACAGCCUACUGCACAGAGAUGCUACAUGCAGUGCCACAGCGGAUCCUGUUCCCAGGACUGGAAUGGAGAAGACAACAGAUUCCUGAGUCCAGCUCACAAAAAUGGGGUUGAAGCGAUGCUCUCAUGUCUGCCGUAUGGUUUCCAUUGAAUUCUGUUAACAUGAACACAAAUUUCCUCUGCAAUAUACAAGACCUUUUCCAAUCAAACCUACUGUGAUAACUCAGAAUCCUCAGCACAGCCUGGACAGACAGUUCUGAAGAGCUCUUCACUGCCCCUUAGUCGUGCGGAUUACGUAUGAGUACGAAUGACCGCACCAACCAGACUACAAGCAGGGAUCUUGAUCUUCUUUUCUUUUUCUUUUUUUUUUUCCAAGCAAAACACAUGUGUUGUUUAUAUGUAAAUACAACUUCAGAGAUCCUCCAGUUUAAACCAGAUUUUGAACCAGUGCUUCCUUCCAGGUGGCAGGGCAGGAGACCCAACCUGUGACCUGAUAUGGCCACUCUUUUUCUUCUUUUUUGGGGGCGGUUUACUUCAGCUCCCUUGUCUGGGUCUCUCUGUAUUUGUUAGUCUGUGAUGCAUGAUUUUUAAAGAAAAACAAGCCAUUUUGACUAGCAGGGCAGAUGAUCACUGUCAACCUCCCAAUAUAAAUGGCAGCUACCAGUCCUACACACCCUUCGCCAAGAAAAAACCCAAAAGAACAACAAAAAAAAACACACAAGGCUCAGGAUUCAAGAACCCGAGCAGAGGGCCAAGCUGUUUGUGUCAAUGUAAAACGUCGACUUGUGAAAACGUCAGGUGUUUGUGGUUUAGUGCUAAUGCUAAAAGGUGCCGUCACUGUCGUCUGUGUGGAAAGGCAGGUCUUUUCUGCCAUAUUUUCGAUGUGUGCAGUAUAUAAAUAUAAGACACAAAUAUAUAUAUAUAUAUAUAUAUAUAUAUAUAUAUAUAUAUAUAUAUAUAUAUAUAUUAUAUAAUAUAUAAUAUAAUUAUACAGUAUAUAAUGACAUAUGCAAUAGAAGGGGCCCUUGUUAAUGGAAGCUGCUGAAGUCGCCCGUUGAAUAAUGUUCCAAACGCAUGCAAAUACUCAGCCAUCUGUUUCCCUUACAGUAUUAGUAGUGCUACUCGGAACAGACCCUCCAUGUCAUGGCUGUGUGCUUUGUAGAAUGCUGGUGGUAGUUCUGGUGUCUUUGGUCUGUGGUAGUUGACGUGUAUGUAUGUGUGUGAGACUGUGAGAGUUCAGACGGGCUACGAUCUCUGAAUGAAAUACGUUGAAGUAGGUUUCACAAGUCCGAAAGGCCAAAUGAAUGUCCCUGGAGGCUUGGACUCAUGUCCGUCUGCUGUAACCACGUUUAGGAAGAGGAGAAAGUGCACUUGGAAACGGUGUUGCUUUGAGUUUACAUAAUUAAAGUGUGACAAGUGGCUGCUAGAGUUUUAACAAAGUAAAGAAAAGUUACGGUUUGGUUCACACCAUAGUUUGGACAUCACAGUUUAUGGUAAAAUGGGUGAAAAUAUAAGAAACAAAACUCCCCAGAUGUGUAAGGCUAGUUUUGUUUUAUUUAUUUUUAGGGUUCAAUCAUACAGUGCAUAGAACUCUCUUGUAAUUGUUAGAACUUUUCUCAUUCUUCUGUCUUUUUUCAAGUUCUUCCAAAAAGCGAAUCAGCUAGAAGAAACCACACACCAAACAUAUACAAAACUUGAUUAACUGAAACCCUCCUUCUACUCAUGCCCUUAACCUCUGGCCAACUGUCCUUAAAGCGGCUCUAAAACAAAAUUUCUAGAGACAAAUAUUAAUUUAUUCCUUAAAUCCCUGGCUCAGGAAAAGCUACUUCCAAAUUUUACCAUUAAGCUUCACCUACUUUUAUUUUAAACCUGUCUGGAAAAAACAUUAUAAAAUGAUACUCAAGUAAACUUAAGAAUGCUUUAUCAAAACAGUGUUGGUUGAAAAUGGGGAUGCUUCAACACCCAAAACCACUGAAAACUAUUACAAACCUUAGAUAGGAUUCUUUACAGAUAAACAAAUGGUGCAGUUUGAUUGUUAUCUAACCUGAAGAACCAAAAGUUCUGCUGAUCAGUUCAGAUCUACUAAAGGCUGCUGAUCAAUAAUCUUAAAUGGAUACAAAUUCUACAAAUUCUAACUCACUGAACAUAAUACCUUAAUGUACACAUUUAAAGGCUCUAUUAAUGUUUCUUUUCAUUUUAUAUGCAAAUCAAGUUGCUAACGUGCUAAGGGCAAGAAACACUUAUGUACAAGAACCCCCUGUAAUCACCUUUACUCAGUUUACAGUUCUUUUUUCAUAAAAUAAUCCAAUCAUGAUUACCAUGUAUCGAGUAUCGUGACUACAUACACCGAACCGAGAGCUACACUGUUACACCUCUGUUGGCCUAAAACAUGUAAAAAUACAUUGUACCAACCCCUGUUUUUGGCAAGCAUUGUGUAGAGUUAACUUUAUAUGCAACCACUUGUCUAUUUCUAAUUAUUCAAAUUCAAAGCACCAUUUUUCAGUGGAAAGUUUCUUUAUUCAUUUGAUUUUUUUUUUUUUUUUUAGAGAUCUAAAUUUUCAUUCUAUUACGCACAUUAGUACUUACAAACUUGCUUUUCUAUUAUGCACUAUACUUUGCUUCUUUAUUUUGUAAUUUAGCCAAAAAUCUGCUCAUUUGGUAACAACAGAGAGCAGGCUCUUAUUCAUAUCUGAGAGUACAUAUAUAUAUAUGAAUCAUACCAAAUCACUGUAGAUAGGCUAUUUGUGUUGCUCCUUGCUCUAUUCAGGAGUCAAUCAGUCCUGUGCUAUUGCCUGUUUAUCGUUACGAUUAUUAUUCUUCUAUUUGAAUGGAGAGAUGAGUAUUUUUGACUCACUGUUUUAUAAACUGUACUGCCUCCUGAGUGACCACAUUAUUGUUUUAUUCCUUUCGGGGGAAAAGUGCCACUUAGGAGGCUUAGGAGUCUUUGUCGCCUGUGGUAAUAGCACUCUGACAUGAACAGAAGUCUUUGUUAUGCACAGAACAAAAAACCCACUAUAUACCUCUUCAGAAGAGACACUUUAAGUUGAAGGAAGAUGCUUUAAACUUGACUGCACUCUGUGUCCAUGCAUGAAGGCACACACAUGCACAAAUAAAUACACACAAAAACAGCCGAUAGAAAAAGUAAGUGAAACCUUUGGAAUUACUUGAAUUUCUGCACUGGUUAUUAAUACAAUGUAAACUAAAAAAUACAAACACUCACUUUUUUUUACUGUUCAUGUUUUUAUUAAGCACAUUGAGUAAACAUCCACAGCGCAGGCUAGAAAAGUAUGUGAACAUUUAAAUUGAAUAACCUUUAGAUAAUAACCCAAUUCGCACAAUUUUAAGAAAUCAUUUUUGGGUCGUUUUGGAUCAUUCCUUUACCGCAGAACAUUUCUGGAAAACAUUUUUAAUUAAGCAUUAUGGAACGUCCAGGUGUCAGAUCAGCCGAAAUGUCCUUUUUGGACAGCAGAAGCUUCCUUUGUGGCGUCAUUCCAUAAACAUCAUUAUUGUAGAGGACACACAACAUUUUUUUGUAAAAUGUUUUACUAUUUGAGUGCCACCCUCACAGUCUUUUUUCUCAACUUGUAGAGAUCUUUCUAACUGUGGAUUGAUGUUUGCUCCAGCUUUGGUUGCCUUUUACAGCUUAACAUAUUUUAAGGUUUUCUAGAAGCUGUUUACAUUGAAGCAUAGUUCACAAUCAUCCAUCUGCCUGGGAAAGAACAGAUUUGUUAGUAACAAGGCGUUGUGUGCCUUUAUUUCUUAGAAAUAACUCCUGUGGAACCCACACUUCCAAUCUCAUUCUCUUUAACCCAUCGCUUACUUUUUCUAGCCUGCACUGUGGAUAAAAGUCAAUACGAGUCAAUGUGGUGAAUAGGAGACAUGAACUGACAAACUGUACAACUCUUGAGUGUGAUAAGUUUAGUUAAAUUGUGAUUCCAUCGUUUUUUACUUGAUAAUCAGACAUUUUAUCAAUGAAGAAAUCCUGGUGUUCCAAAGGCAACCUUUUCUGUAUAACGUAAAUAAAUACACUUGCACCCACUUUGUUUUCUGGUUCAGUGUAAAAACACAUACAACUGCUUUCAGAGUGACUGACCUGCUGCACUGUGAGAGGAAUGAUAUGCGGAAUUCUUCUUCCAAGCCGCUGUUAAAGGAUUAAGAUAUAAAGAACUUCAACAUAUGACAUUGGUGUUUAACUUGAAUGUAUUUGUCUUGCUAUCAAUGGAUGUAUCCAACCAAUGCAUUUUACUGUAAAGCAAUAAUCUGAAGAGGAGAAAAAAUAUGUACAUUGAUAUUUGAAUCAUUAGAAAAUUGUAUGGAGAACUAAAUAAAUUCUACAGUUUAUAA